ACAAAAAAUCUUUUUGUUAUAAUUCCAGCUGUAAACAAUAGGGAAAAGCUAAGUUUUUCGUAAUCGUCUUAAUAAGUCGUACAUACCAAUCGUAGGUACAUUAUAAACACAUUAACAUUAUGGUUUAUGUAAAAUUAUAAAAGUAAACAACUUAUAUUAAAAGUGCAAGAUGACUCAUAUGUAAAGAAAUAUAAUUUGGCUGUUUUAUUUGACUUACUUUUACGAUCAAGAAAAACAAAAUAUGGGGGCUAACAGGACAGGCAAGAAAAAUGAUGAGGUUGUGAAAUCGUUCAAUACCAAAUACAAAGAAGAGAUUGUAUUGUGCGAUAAUGAAGCAACAAAUGAUAGUGGGUUAUCUAAAGCAAAGGAAAACGAGUGUGUAUUGUGGACUGCCUUUACGGGAGUGCCAGUGCGUGCAACUCUGCUAGUAAUUUUAAUUGGGUUACUAUUUAUUUACACUGUGUUUAUUGAAUUCAAUCUGUUGACCCAUAAUAAUGUUAGCAUGGAUACUAGUGAAGAAAUAAAAAUAGAAUCAGGUGGUGUGUUGAAGGUGGAUAAAGUAGUGUCAUGCUACUACAACAUGCCCAGCCCAGGAGCCUCCUCUCAGCUGAGGCCUUCCGCCAUCCACCCACACCUUUGUACACAUAUCAAUGUAGCUUUUGCACAAAUUAGAAAUAAAGUCAUUUACUUGGAUCAUGAGCAAUAUGAAUCUUUAACUCAGGUUGUAAUGUUAAAGAGAAUGAAUCCCAAUUUAAAAAUAUUGCUUUCUAUUGGAGGUGCUGGAAAUGACACUGGCUUUCCAAACAUGGUGAUAAACCAUGCGUCUAGAAAAGCAUUCAUCAAAAGUGUAAAAACUGUGCUUAGGACAUAUGGACUAGACGGCAUAGAUUUGGACUGGGAGUUCCCAAUGGUUCAUGUUGAUGAUAACAUUUAUAAACGGCAACGACAACAUUUUUCACAGUUGCUUCGAGAAAUCAGAAUGGAGUACAUCAGAGAAAAAAAAGAUUAUCUGUUGAGUUUGGCUGUAGCGGCUCCGGAGACAAUUGUAGACGUUGCAUAUGAUGUUGAUCAGAUCAACUUGUAUGUUGAUUAUGUGAAUGUCAUGACGUAUGACUUCCACGCCUUCACUAAAUACACACCAUUCACUGGACUCAACUCCCCGCUGUACCGGAGGAACAUUGAACAAAUGUAUCUGGCCACCUUAAAUAUAAAUUACACAGUACACAUGUACCUAGACAAAGGCCUAGACCGGAGUAAAAUAGUGGUUGGUAUACCUACAUAUGGGCACUCCUUUACAUUGGUCAAUGCUAAUAAUGGACAAGUUGGUAGUCCCGCGGCAGGCUAUGGAACUCUGGGCGGCCUAGGGUUUGUGAAUUAUCCAGACAUAUGUAAGUUUAUAGCUAAAUUCAGAAGUGAGGUUGUUAUACAAUUAGAUCCAGAUGCCAGGGUGCCUUAUCUCCAGAGAGAAGCGGAAUGGAUAUCUUAUGACACACCUCAAAGCGCCAUGGAAAAAGCAAAUUACAUAAAAGAACAGAAUUUGCGGGGUGCAAUGAUUUAUUCUCUGAAUGCAGAUGAUUAUGAAGGAGUCUGUGAUGAGGAAGUAGAAGGCAGCUUGAAGUUCCCAUUAGCAGUGUCAGUGAAACAUGCGCUUGCAGACAAAGUGAAAUCAAAUUAAAUGAAUAUUAGAUGAUAUAAUUUCACCUGUUGCAACUUGUCAUGUGGCAUGUUUGAUGUUUAGAAUUCUCUGAGAUGUUUCCAGGCAUGGCAUGCAAUAUAAAUGUACCUUUUUCUUCUUGGCCACAUAUGAAAUUUUGUACAUGGUGCAGAACUUCAUAUUGCGGCGUGGCGAC